GUCCUGAGCCCUGUUCCUGCGAGACAGCCCUUCUCUGGAAGGGACCCUGGGGGCUAACUUGGGGGACGCAGGCCUCAGCACGGGCAGGAGCAGCCCACAGGGCCCGGAACCUUAAGCCGCCGCCGCCCACAUUCGCGGCGGGACACGACCGGGGAACCCCUCCUCUGUUGCUAAGGGGCGGCCCGGAAGUGACGCUUUGUUGACAGCACACCGACAGCCACAGGCUCUCGAAGCGGUCGAAGCGGACCGGGGGGAGGGGCUGGGCCCGGAGCCAGCAGCCGGCGGCCCUUAGCGGCCCGAGGGCAAGGGAACGGCCUCCGUCCGCGACUCAGGCCGCUGCAUUCCCGCCCUGCCCCGCCCCGCCCCACCGACCGGACCCGGACCGGAUCCGACCUCCUGCGUCGCUCUGGCAGCGGAUUCCCCAGGGCCGCGGCCUCUGCUUGUAAGCCUGCGAAGCAUCCCGUCUCCCCGCUGAGGGCCGCCCCCUCCCAGGGUUGUGGCUCUGCCAAUGAUCUUGUGAGUGUUGAGAAUUUAUAGUUGCCCUUGUGGGUCCACCCUAGAGUGGCCACCUGCCUUCUCCCAGCAUGGCGUCCGACACACCUGAGUCCCUGAUGGCCCUCUGUACUGACUUCUGUCUCCGGAAUCUUGAUGGCACCCUGGGCUACCUGCUGGACAAGGAGACCCUGCGGCUGCAUCCAGACAUCUUCUUGCCCAGCGAAAUCUGUGACCAGCUGGUCAAUGAGUACGUGGAGCUGGUCAGUGCUGCCUGCACCUUUGAGCCCCACGAGACUUUCUUCAGCCUCUUCUCAGACCCCCGCAGCACCCGCCUCACUCGGAUCCACCUCCGUGAGGACCUGGUGCAGGACCAGGACCUAGAGGCCAUUCGCAAGCAGGACCUGGUGGAGCUGUACCUGACCAACUGCGAGAAGCUGUCUGCCAAGAGCCUGCAGACGCUGCGGAGCUUCAGCCACAGUCUGGUGUCGCUGAGCCUCUUUGGCUGCUCCAACAUCUUCUAUGAGGAGGACAACCCAGGGGGCUGCGAGGACGAGUGUCUCGUCAACCCCACCUGCCAGGUGCUGGUCAAGGACUUCACCUUUGAAGGCUUCAGCCGCCUGCGUUUCCUCAACCUGGGCCGCAUGAUUGAUGGUGUCCCUGUGGAGUCACUGCUGCGGCCACUCAACUCACUGGCUGCCUUGGACCUCUCAGGCAUCCAGACAAGUGAUGCCACCUUCCUAACACAGUGGAAGGACAGUCUGAUGUCCCUUGUGCUCUACAACAUGGAUCUUUCGGAUGAGCACAUCCGUGUGAUCGUCCAGCUGCACAAGCUGCGCCACCUGGACAUCUCCCGAGACCGCCUCUCCAGCUACUACAAGUUCAAGCUGACGCGGAAGGUUCUCAGCCUCUUGGUGCAGAAGCUGGGGAACCUGAUGUCCCUAGACAUCUCUGGCCACAUGAUCCUAGAGAACUGCAGCAUCUCUAAGAUGGAGGAGGAGGCAGGGCAGACCAGCACUGAGCCUUCCAAGAGCAGCAUCAUGCCUUUCCGGGCUCUGAAGAGGCCACUGCAGUUCCUUGGGCUCUUUGAGACCUCCUUGUGUCGCCUCACACACAUUCCAGCCUACAAAGUAAGCGGUGACAAGAAUGAAGAACAAGUGCUGAAUGCCAUCGAGGCCUACACAGAACACCGGCCUGAGAUCACUUCCAGGGCCAUCAACCUGCUGUUUGACAUCGCACGUAUUGAGCGCUGCAACCAGCUUCUGCGGGCCCUGAAGCUGGUCAUCACAGCCCUCAAGUGCCACAAGUAUGACAAGAACAUUCAAGUGACUGGCAGUGCCGCCCUCUUCUACCUGACCAACUCUGAGUACCGCUCAGAGCAGAGUGUCAGACUGCGCCGACAGGUCAUCCAGGUGGUGCUGAAUGGCAUGGAGUCCUACCAGGAGGUGACGGUGCAGCGGAACUGCUGUCUGACCCUUUGCAACUUCAGCAUCCCCGAGGAACUGGAGUUCCAGUACCGCCGGGUGAAUGAGCUUCUGCUUAGCAUCCUCAGCCCCACCCGGCAGGACGAGUCCAUCCAGCGCAUUGCUGUGCACCUGUGUAAUGCCCUGGUCUGUCAGGUGGACAAUGACCACAAGGAAGCCGUGGGCAAGAUGGGCUUCGUCGUGACCAUGUUGAAGCUGAUCCAGAAGAAGCUGCUGGACAAGACGUGUGACCAGGUCAUGGAGUUCUCAUGGAGUGCCCUGUGGAACAUCACAGACGAGACACCCGACAACUGCGAGAUGUUCCUCAGCUUCAAUGGCAUGAAGCUCUUCCUUGACUGCCUCAAGGAGUUCCCAGAGAAGCAGGAGCUGCACCGGAACAUGCUGGGACUCUUGGGGAAUGUGGCAGAGGUGAAGGAGCUGCGGCCUCAGCUGAUGACCUCUCAGUUCAUCAGCGUCUUCAGCAACCUGCUGGAAAGCAAGGCUGAUGGCAUUGAGGUUUCUUACAAUGCUUGUGGUGUCCUGUCCCACAUCAUGUACGAUGGGCCUGAGGCCUGGGGUGUCUGUGAGCCCCAGAGGGCCGAGGUGGAAGAGCGUAUGUGGGCAGCCAUCCAGAGCUGGGACAUCAACUCCCGGAGGAAUAUCAACUACAGGUUUGAGAUGGGAAGGUCCUUUGAGCCCAUUCUCCGUCUCCUUCCUCAGGGCAUCUCUCCAGUCAGCCAGCACUGGGCCACCUGGGCCCUAUACAAUCUUGUGUCUGUCUACCCUGACAAAUACUGCCCCCUGCUGAUCAAAGAAGGUGGGAUGCCCCUGCUGAGGGGCUUGAUCAAGAUGGCCACUGCCCGACAGGAAACCAAGGAGAUGGCCCGCAAGGUGAUUGAUCACUGCAGUAACUUUAGAGAGGAGAACAUGGACACGUCCAGAUAGAGGCCUCCACCCAUGGCCACACAGCCUGGACCACAGGACCGGAGGAAGCGCUGGAGUCCAGUGGGCAGGUCCCUUGCAGAGCCUCCCACUGGAUGAAGAGACAGUGAGGACUUUUGCACAGCUGACGCUUUUCCUUAAUGGUAGUGAGAUAUAUAUUAUAUAUAUAUAUUUUUUUUUCUUUUUGGUUAGGAAGUGUGAAGUUUUGUGUGUAUGACUUCUCCUAAGUCUCCGCAGCUCCUUGCCACCCUCAGCCCGCCUCCAAACUUUCAUUGCUGCCAUGUUCACUCCUGCCCCAGCCAGGCUUGCCUCAAAUGCUGUGAGUGUCCAGUCCCUUCCCAGUGAGCUCAGACCCUGGCCUGGCUUCUGUCUGUCGUGGGAGGAGCUGGCCUUACCAGGCUGCUCAGCAUCCCUGGUGUCUGCCUGAGUGCCCUGUCUGGGCUCCCAGGUGAAGUUGAUGGGGUUUGGGGAUUAAGACCAGCUCUGCUGAGUCUCGCAGAAGCCUUGGUGCUCCAGGCUGUGAGCCAUGGGGGUCAGAGAGGAAGCUGUUCCCAGGCCUCAGGCUAAGCAGUUCCUGUCCAGAGAACCCUGGAGAAGCCGGGCUGUGUUGGCCCCCUGCUUUCUGGCCAGGCCUGCCUGUGGCCAUGCUGCUAUGGAGACUGUCUCACGUCUCCCUCAGGCCCCAGCCCCAAGAUGCUCAGAACUCAGGGGCAAUUCCACUGCCCCUUCUGCCAAACAUGCCCCAGCCCACCCCAGCUCUGGUAGCUGGCACUUUCCAGGACCAGGGUCUUGCUUCUUUUUCUGUAGCCCUCAUCUGCCCACAGCACCCCAGUGCCCAGGUAUUCCCACCAGCAGAGCUGAGCCCACCCCCUGCCCAGAAGGUAGAAGGCAGGAGGUCCCUACUCCAGCCCUUCACAGUGGCAGCGGACAGCCGCCUACAGACCAGCACUGGGCCAUUCUCUGUCCCUCCAGCCCACUCAGGCUGUCCCUGAGAAGCUGCUGUGUUGUGUGACAGGCCUUGCUCCAGGUGUCUCCUACACCCUCCCACUGUAUCUCAGCAUUGCUUCUUGUUGACACAGGACUGCUGAGGAGGCCUGUGCUCACAGAGAGCACAGCUCACCCGGGAGGCAGCUUUUGCUGUGACUUUUUCUCCCCUCUUGCUUCUCUGGGCCUGUUCUUUGAUUCUUCUGGCCUGGCAUGCCUGCUUCCAGGCAGAAGUGGCCCGGCUGUUCCCAAAACUCAGGGAGAGGUAACUGACCUCUCCUGAGGAGACUGUCUCCCCAGCCAGGCUAGAGGGCUUAAUCAUGUGCUUCUCCCAUGCAGCACUUGGGCAACCCCAGCCCCUCCUUUCCACCCCAGCCCUUCUGGCAGCAGCCAGACCAUGAGCAGAGUUCAUAGCCCAUCGCUUACCACCUGGGGUCUGCGUAAAUGUCUGUACUUUGGGGUGUCACAGAAAUACAUUUUUGUGCAAA